CACAAGCCCGGGCCCAGCCUUCCUGUGUGGUUUCUGCUGCCCUGAGAGUGUCAUGGACUUGGGGAAGCCCAUGAAGAGCGUGCUGGCCGUGGCUCUCCUUGUCAUUUUCCAGGUGUGCCUGUGCCAAGAUGAGGUCACGGACGAUUACAUCGGAGAAAACACGACGGUGGACUACACCCUGUUCGAGGCCGUGUGCGACAAGAAGGAGGUGCGGGACUUUAAGGCCUGGUUCCUCCCAGCCAUGUACUCCAUCAUCUGCUUCGUGGGUCUGCUGGGCAACGCGCUGGUCGUGCUGACCUACAUCUAUUUCAAGAGGCUCAAGACCAUGACCGAUACCUACCUGCUCAACCUGGCCGUGGCGGAUAUGCUCUUCCUCCUGACCCUCCCCUUCUGGGCGUACAGCGCAGCCAAGUCCUGGGUCUUCGGUGUCCACAUUUGCAAGCUCAUCUUCGCCAUCUACAAGAUAAGUUUCUUCACCGGCAUGCUCCUGCUCCUCUGCAUCAGCAUCGACCGCUAUGUGGCCAUCGUGCAGGCCGUCUCGGCCCACCGGCACCGGGCCCGCGUCCUGCUCAUCAGCAAGCUCUCCUGCGUGGGCAUCUGGGUGCUGGCCACGGUGCUCUCCAUCCCGGAGAUGCUGUUCAGCAACAUCCUGAGGAGCAGCAGCGAGCAAGCCUUUCGGUGCUCUCUCGUCACCGACCAGGUGGAGGCCUUGAUCGCCAUCCAGGUGGCCCAGAUGGUGGUGGGCUUUCUCAUCCCCCUGGUGGCCAUGAGCUUCUGCUACCUGGUCAUCAUCCGCACCCUGCUCCAGGCGCGCAACUUCGAGCGCAACAAGGCCAUCAAGGUGAUCAUCGCCGUGGUGGUGGUCUUCAUCGCCUUCCAGCUGCCCUACAACGGGGUGGUCCUGGCCAAGACGGUGGCCAACGCCAACAGCACCACCACCUGCGAGCUCAGCAAGCAGCUCAACAUCGCCUACGAUAUCACCUACAGCCUGGCCAGCGUGCGCUGCUGCGUCAACCCUUUCCUGUACGCCUUCAUCGGCGUCAAGUUCCGCAACGACCUCUUCAAGCUCUUCAAGGACUUGGGCUGCCUCAGCCAGGAGCGGCUGCGGCAGUGGUCUUCCUGCCGGCACACCCGGCGCUCCUCGAUGAGUGUGGAGGCCGAGACCACCACCACCUUCUCCCCGUAGAGGCUUCUCGGCCUGGACUUGAGGGAACCUCUCCGGGGACCCCCCGGGUCGGGGACGGGGAGCAGAUGACAUGACUCAGGACCCAAAAGCUGCUGAGGGGAAAGGAAGUUCUGGCUCUUCAAGUUCAUCUCAUGGCGAAAACCCAUGCCACCCAAGACAGACCGUCAUCAGAAGACAGAUGCCCAACCCCAGCUACCUCAACCAAGUUGGCAGGGACGUGGCUGGUGAGCUACCAGACCCGGCCACACUCCAGCACCAAAAAACCAAAAAACCAAAAGUGAAAGCGGAGAAAGUUCACACCUCCUGGAGCCAAGGGAAGGGCGCUGGUGAGGGCUCGGGCAGUAUGAGGGCCCCGGGGAGCCCUCCGCAUGAACCCUCACGGGCUCAGGCGAGGUCUUCCAGAAAACAAGACGGUGUCUCCAAGACCGGAGGCGAUGGGGAAACUUCUUGGCUGGGCAAGGAAAGGGAGACGCCAGCGAACGCUCUGCAUCCCUCCCUCCGCCUCUCUUUUUCCACUGUCCUCCGAGCCAGCGAGAAAUGGCAGCCUCCAAGCCUCCCUAAAAGCACACUUGCCUCUCGCCUGCUGCCUCUCCUGGGGCGGCCGCCCUCCCAGGCCCUCCCUGGUUCCUGCAGGCCAAGCCAGCUGCCUCCGG